GAAAGACAAGGCAGAGAGUAUAUACAUCCGACAUCAUGAGAUAUCAGCUUCUUACGGCCGCUCUCUGCAGCCUGGCAGUGGCUCGCACACCUUUCCCCGGCAUACCCCCCAGCGGGAGCUGGAGUCUUAGCGGGGGCCUCAACGGAGGUACCUUUAGCGAGUAUAAGCCGUUUGUGGAGAGCCGAUCGGUAGUCGACCAGCAGUCCUGUGCCCUUCUUCAGAAGCCGCUCGAAGUCGCCUUUCAAGACUGCCGCACAUAUGCCAAAAAGGCCGAGCGCAUCGCCUUGACGGCACCGAGCCCGCUGCUCCAUAACUUCUUUGGCAAAUCAGACGAUGCUACUAGGCAAAAGAUUGCCUCUGUGUUUCGGGCCGUGGAGCUGGAAUGCUCCACCUUGGAUCGUGGCUACAUGAAGGUUUUUUGCAACGUCGAGCUCUGCUACUCGACCGAGAUCACGCAUAUGGUGGCCUACAACGACGUUACCAAGACGACGUUUGUCCGCUACUGCCCGCUGCUCUUCUCGUCGUUUGAUACACGAAGCCGAGGUGCUGAGUGCGAGCAUCGCGAUUGGCCGCUCAUCGGUACUACUGUCAUGCAUAAUGCCAUGCUUACGGCUCAAGUAUUUGACCCGAUGGACUGGAACAUGGGCAAAUGGGCCGAUUACAUCAACUUUGCGGUUGGCAACUGCGAAUUUGAGGAUCCCCUCUAAUCGUAUAGCAAAAUAAAAAGCCAAUAGAUAAGGCGGCCAAUCCAAGGCUGCGUCCGGUACCUGAUGCGUCCGGUAUAAAAAUAGAAAACAUAUACA